CAAUAAAUAGAGCAAGAGACCGGUCUUAUUCGUAUUAUGCAGGAAGUUCUUGCUUCAACAGUGAUUGAACGGAACUCUUCGACCUGUUCUGUUAGGUUUCCUGAUAUAUAACAUUACUUGAAAUCGUAUAGAAAGUUUAUUUUUGUAACGUUAGGUUUGAUAAAAAGUAAAUCAAUUAAAAUGGAGUCUCAGGUACGCCAGAACUACCACCGCGAUUGCGAAGCUGCAAUCAACCGAAUGGUUAACAUGGAGAUGUAUGCCUCUUACACCUACACUUCAAUGGCUUACUAUUUCUCCCGUGAUGACGUGGCUCUGCCUGGCUUCGCUCACUUCUUCAAGGAGAACAGCGAUGAGGAGCGUGAGCACGCUGACAAACUGCUCUCCUUCCAGAACAAGAGAGGUGGGCGCAUUUUCCUGCAGGACAUCAAGAAACCAGAGCAAGAUGAGUGGGUCAAUGGUCUGGAGGCCAUGCAGUGUGCUCUGCAAUUAGAAAAGAAAGUUAACCAGGCCCUGCUGGACCUGCACAAGAUAUCGUCAGAGAAGGUGGACGCCCAUCUCUGUGACUUCCUGGAGACCCACUACCUCAAUGAGCAGGUGGAGGCCAUUAAGAAGCUGGGCAACUACAUCACCAACCUCACCAAGAUGGAUGCAGCCAACAACAAGAUGGCAGAGUACCUGUUUGACAAGCACACCCUGGGGAGCCAGAGCUAAACUACAGCCCUCCCUUACAGGCCACAGCACAGCUGUUUCUCUGAUCUUUCCUGCAGGAUUGAUCUAACCUGGAGCUUAUUUACUGGUGCAAAACAGCUGUAAUGUGUAGUUUGUAAAAACAAAUGGAAUUGUUUGUUUAACACAAUCCAACAGUUUAAGUCAACAUGUCAUCUGUGUUUACUCAAUAAAAUAUUUUCAGCUGGA